AGCUCAUCAUGUCCUUUUGGGGUGGCUUCGUGGCUAUUUCUGUAUAGGAAGGUUUGCGAGUCCCCUGGAGUCUGGCUGUGCUGGAUAGCAUGACUCUCUAUCCACCCGCUCUGAUUCAUAACAGCAUACGGUGCAAACCCAAUCGAAAUGCUCAAGUUGCCCAUUCAUUCGGUGUUGGCUAAUCAGGAGGCUACCAGCAGUCCUGAGCAUAGCAACACCUUGUUAGAAACUCCUCUCCCUUCCCAGGAUGCUGGAACCACUGAACGAGGGUUUUCUUUCUAGAAUCUCUGAUCUGCUGAUGUGUAGAUGGAGCUGCCGGCACUGCUGUCAGAAGUGCUACGAGUCCAGCUGCUGCCAGUCAAGUGAGGAUGAAGUGGAAAUCCUGGGGCCUUUCCCAGCGCAGACUCCUCCCUGGCUGAUGGCCAGCCGGAGCAGCGAGAAGGAUGGUGACUCCGUCCACACAGCCAGCGACGUCCCCCUCACUCCCCGGACCAACUCCCCAGAUGGGAGACGCUCGUCCUCAGACACAUCCAAGUCCACAUACAGCCUGACGCGGAGGAUUUCCAGUCUGGAGUCGCGGCGCCCCAGCUCCCCGCUCAUCGACAUCAAACCCAUUGAGUUUGGCGUCCUCAGCGCCAAGAAGGAGCCCAUCCAGCCGUCGGUGCUGCGCCGGACCUACACCCCCGACGACUACUUCAGGAAGUUCGAGCCCCGCCUCUACUCCCUGGACUCGAGCAGCGACGACGUGGACUCGCUGACGGACGAGGAGAUCCUGUCCAGGUACCAGCUGGGCAUGCUGCACUUCAGCACGCAGUACGACCUGCUGCACAACCACCUGACGGUGCGCGUGAUCGAGGCCCGGGACCUGCCGCCCCCCAUCUCCCACGACGGCGCGCGCCAGGACCUGGCGCACUCCAACCCCUACGUCAAGAUCUGCCUGCUGCCCGACCAGAAGAACUCCAAGCAGACGGCGGUCAAGCGCAAGACCCAGAAGCCCGUGUUCGAGGAGCGCUACACCUUCGAGAUCCCCUUCCUCGAGGCCCAGAGGAGGACCCUGCUCCUGACCGUGGUGGACUUUGAUAAGUUCUCCCGCCACUGCGUCAUUGGGAAAGUGUCCGUGCCCCUGUGCGAGGUGGACCUGGUGAAGGGCGGGCACUGGUGGAAGGCGCUGAUCCCCAGCUCUCAGAAUGAAGUGGAGCUGGGGGAGCUGCUCCUGUCUCUGAAUUACCUCCCGAGUGCCGGGAGACUGAAUGUGGACAUCAUUCGAGCCAAGCAGCUUCUUCAGACCGAUGUGAGCCAAGGCUCAGACCCAUUUGUGAAAAUCCAGCUGGUGCACGGACUCAAGCUCGUGAAAACCAAGAAGACAUCCUUCUUAAGAGGCACCAUUGAUCCUUUCUACAAUGAGUCCUUUAGCUUCAAGGUUCCCCAAGAAGAACUGGAAAAUGCCAGCCUCGUGUUCACAGUGUUCGGCCACAACAUGAAGAGCAGCAACGACUUCAUCGGGAGGAUUGUCAUCGGCCAGUACUCCUCGGGACCCUCCGAGUCCAACCACUGGCGACGGAUGCUCAACACCCACCGCACGGCCGUGGAGCAGUGGCACAGCCUGAGGUCACGGGCGGAGUGUGACCGCGUGUCCCCUGCCUCCCUGGAGGUGACCUGAGGGCCGCAGGGGCCACGGCUUUCAAUUGCUUAAAGAAAAAAAAAAAGACAGAAAAAAUGUGUCACCUCCCUAUUCCAUCCACACCUGCUCACACUCCUCCGCACAGACACACACA